CAACUUCGAUAGUCGCGCAACAUUUUUCGCAUCCUGUCUGUAAACCUUUGUUGUGCGAUAUUAAUAUUUUUCGUCUGAAUAUGUAAUUAUUAAACAACUCAGAAUAAAUAAAAACGUCUAAUUGGCGGUAUAAAAUCAAAGCCUUAAAUUACUUUUAAAAAUUCCGCUAACCGGAGGUGUCUAUGGAAGCCCGCUAACGGCAGCAAGCUAGCUAACGUUACAGAAGCUAACUGCAGCUAGCAGCUAGCUGUCUGUUGUUUUUGUCAGGAUUUAGUUUAAAGAAUAAGAAAACAAAAAACUCCUGCUGCUCCAAAAAAAUGACGUCUGCCUCUGCAAAGGUGGGGGAGAUCUUCUCAGCAGCCGGAGCUGCCUUCACCAAGUUGGGCGAGCUGACCAUGCAGCUGCAUCCGGUGUCCGAUUCCAGCCCUGCAGGAGCCAAGUGGACGGAGACGGAGAUCGAGAUGCUGCGUACGGCGGUGCGUCGCUUCGGAGACGACCUGAACAGCAUCAGCUCUGUGAUCAAAGAGCGCACCGUAGCUCAGAUCAAGAGCACAGUCAAGAGGAAGCUGUACGAGGACAGCCGGGUCCCCAUCUCCUCAGAGUCCCCCAAGAAAACCGUCAAGAAGCCCGCCGUUUCCAUGGCGACGACCCCCACCCCCGCCGCUCCCUCCAUGAUUGCCGUACAGACAUCGCAAGUUGUCGUGUCGACGGGGAUGCAGAGCAGCCCGUCUCUGGGCCCGACCAUCAAGAAGCAGAAGACCGCAGACGUGACGCUGAGCGCCCUGAACGACUCGGACGUCAACAGCGACCUGGUGGACAUCGAAGGACUCGGAGACGGAUCCUCCAACAAGAAACUCAACUUUGACCAAGAGAGCCUGAACCUGGACUCGAGCCUGAUCAUGAACUCCAGCGACCUUCCUCUGCUGUCCCGCUGACCUCUCCGGACAAGCCCCGCCCCCACCAGCCCAGCGUUUCCUCCCACGGGAAGGACCUGCCGGUCUGCUGACGUUCAAGAGUUAAAUUAGUGGAUCUGAACCUGAAGCUGAACCAGAGCUCAGGGUUUUAUUUCUCGGCUGAAUUAUGUCUCAUUAGUUUUAGUUUCCAGAUUUCUGUCCAGUCAUCAUGAAGCUGUCGGCAGAAUCAUCCACCUGAUUACUGACUCCAGCUCUUAGCUCAGAUUAAUGUUGAUCAGUGUGAAUAUGUGAGCUGGAUCCAGGUCCUGAAGUCCUGAAAAUGUUGUGUUUGUGAUCAGAAACUGAACUUUUCUGACGUCCUGUUCAAAAUAAACUGAAUCUGUUGAAUCCUG